AAGAGGAAACGGGUAGUGUUUCUUCUGAUUCCGAUCUCUUCUUCGUUCUUUAACCGAUAACAGUGAGACGUAAUUCUAUAUUGCAGGCUAGGGUUUUCAGUGAUCUAUUCGUUCGGGAGCGAGGCUUUAAGAUCUCCUCUCCAUUAGUAGUUUAUUUUUUCAUAAUCAUUCUGUGUUCCAAGAAAGAAAAGAAGAAAAAUACUAUAAACGCGUAAGCUUUCAUUCCUCUCUUUCCUCUGAUAGGCGGCAAGAUCUAGAACCAGAGCUUGCUUCUCUUCAUGCAAUUGGUUCAUUAUGGCACUGAAAGGAAAUUCAGCUGACGGGAGGACUAGGAGCUCGGUACAAAUAUUUAUUGUAGUUGGGUUGUGCUGUUUCUUCUACAUAUUGGGAGCAUGGCAGAGAAGUGGAUUUGGGAAGGGGGACAGCAUAGCUCAAGAGAUUACUAAGCAUGGGGCUGAUUGCAAUAUAAUUCCAAGUUUAAAUUUUGAGACCCAUCAUGGUGGCCAAGUUGACAGCUUGGAUGAUGAGUCAGAAAAACCCAAAGUUUUUAAGCCUUGCCACCCUCGUUAUGUUGAUUAUACACCCUGCCAAGAUCAAGGGAGGGCGAUGACUUUCCCUAGGGAAAACAUGAUAUAUAGAGAGAGGCAUUGUCCUCCUGAGGAAGAGAAAUUACACUGUCUUAUACCUGCACCCAAUGGAUAUGUAACUCCAUUCCCCUGGCCAAAGAGUCGUGAUUAUGUUCCUUAUGCUAAUGCACCAUAUAAGGCCUUGACAGUUGAAAAGGCCAUUCAGAAUUGGAUCCAAUAUGAAGGCAACGUGUUUAGGUUCCCAGGUGGAGGAACACAAUUCCCUCAAGGGGCGGAUAAGUAUAUAGAUCAGCUUGCUUCUGUGAUACCAAUCACAAAUGGGACAGUUAGGACUGCUCUCGAUACUGGUUGUGGGGUUGCAAGUUGGGGUGCCUACUUAUGGAGUAGAAAUGUUAUUGCCAUGUCGUUUGCACCAAGAGAUUCACAUGAGGCACAGGUCCAAUUUGCUCUUGAAAGAGGUGUACCUGCUGUUAUUGGUGUUCUUGGUACCAUAAAGAUGCCAUACCCAUCAAGAGCCUUUGACAUGGCUCACUGUUCACGUUGCUUAAUUCCUUGGGGAGCAAAUGAUGGUAUGUACUUGAAGGAAGUUGACCGUGUUCUUAGACCUGGUGCCUACUGGGUGCUUUCUGGACCACCAAUCAAUUGGAAGAACAAUUACAAAGCAUGGCAACGCCCAAAGGAGGAUCUUCAACAAGAACAAGAAAACAUUGAGGAGAUUGCUAAACAACUUUGCUGGGAAAAGAAGUAUGAGAAGGGUGAAAUUGCUAUUUGGCAAAAGAGGAUAAAUGAUGAAGCAUGUCAUGGUAAACGGGAUGAUUCUCAAACCAACUUUUGCAAGGCUAGUGAACUUGAUGAUGUCUGGUACAAGAAAAUGGAUGCAUGCAUAGCUGCAUAUCCUGAUGCUAGUAGCUCAGAUGAAGUUGCUGGUGGAAAACUGAAGCCAUUCCCAGAGAGGCUGUAUGCUGUCCCUCCUAGAAUUUCUGGUGGAAGUGUUCCUGGAGUUUCUGUUGAGACAUACCAAGAGGACAAUAAUAAAUGGAAGAAGCAUGUGAAUGCAUAUAAGAGAAUUAAUAGAUUCCUUGAUACAGGAAGGUACAGGAACAUUAUGGAUAUGAAUGCUGGGUUGGGAGGAUUUGCUGCAGCUAUUGAAUCACCCAAAUUGUGGACCAUGAAUGUUGUACCCACUAUAGCAGAGAAAAAUACACUUGGUGUUAUAUAUGAGCGAGGAUUGAUUGGCAUCUAUCAUGACUGGUGUGAAGGUUUCUCAACAUACCCAAGGACAUAUGACCUCAUUCAUGCCCAUGGUGUUUUCAGUUUGUACGACAAGGAUGGCAAAUGUAAUCUGGAGGACAUUCUCCUGGAGAUGGACCGGAUUUUGCGUCCAGAAGGAGCAGUCAUAUUCAGGGAUGAAGUGGAUGUACUAAUUAAAGUGCAGAAGAUAAUAGAAGUGAUGAGGUGGGAUGCCAAAAUGGUAGACCACGAAGACGGUCCCCUGGUUCCUGAGAAGAUAUUGGUGGCCGUCAAGCAGUACUGGACUGUAGGCGGAAACUCGACAUCAUCGCAGUGAAUGGCAAAUGUGAAGACUCAAAAUCUCAGUAUUAUUCCCAGUAGGCAGUGCUCUCUGUUAAAAGGUUGAGGUGGGAAUUGGUUUUUGUCUCAGUGAGCGAGCAAUUUGCUGCCUGUGAAUUUCAUUGUAAUGAGGGCUGAGGGAGGGUCAGAUUACGCGUUUUAUGUUUUACUAACUGUUGAUUGGCCCAUGUUCAAUGGCAAAAAUAGCAACUUAGUUCUCCAACUUUGAUUGAUUUCCUAUUCAAGGUUACAAGUUUCUUACUUUUGCAAUCUAAGGUCUCAUUCGGCGGAGAUUGGUGACGUUUCGUCUUCUACCGUCGCUGCCCCAAAUUGCAGAGUCCCAAAUUCUCAUAAAUUACAGCCCAAAUUGCAGUUAUUAUGAACUGUUUGGUUUGAAAGAAAUAAAGAGAAUAAAAAUGAACUAAAUAA